CUUUUGGCUUCGUAGGCACCACACUUUACACUUCUUACCGCUUCGUGAUCCUAGGCCAUGGUGGGUGAUCAGCGUAGCCGGCGCAGCUUUUCCACUGUCCUUGUGAUCAACUUGGUUUAUUGUUUCUGUAUUUUCUGUGCAGCAGAAGAUGCUUGUGAUGCUGGCGCAAAAUCUUCAAGCCCAGCUAUGCUCCAAACUCAAUCAGCUCGUGAUGUCACAAGCCGCUUGGUAAACGAAUCCAACAAGACCGAUCCAGAAUUCUCCGCUAGCUCCAACCACUCCAAUAUCUCCAAUAUCUCCAAUGGUGCAAUCAUUGCCAUGGUGGAUGCGUGUUUGCAGAAUCACAUCACUGGAGAUCAAAAGGAACAGUCUCUAUGGGACUUGGUGAGGACAGCUGAGAUCCUAUCAAAACUGAUGGCUGCUAACAUCUCCGUCAAAGCUUUGGGCUCUGACUGGCCAGAUGACACAGGUGUGAUCGAAGCGGCCAUGGUUGCCGGCCGGGACGCUGCAGAAGCAUUGGUCAAGAAAGAAUUUGAGGCUGAGACGGAGAGGAUUCUCGGAAGUGCAAAUUUGACUCAAGAAGCCAUCGAUCAUUUCACUGAGAAAUUAGAGAAGAUGGCUGAGAUGUGUGGAGACUCUUCCGAAGCUGAGAGAGUCGCGGAAGAUGAAGCGUCAAUCAUGCAUUCGGGGAACAUGACCUUGGAAGAAGCCAGGGUUGCAAAGGACCUGGCGGACUAUGUGGAAGGACUAUGCCAGUCUGAUGUGUUGGAUUUGGACUUCUUCGUUGGCAGGCUAGCCGAUGAGUCACCAGAGUGCAAUGCUUUGGUGGCUGAAACGCAAUUGCUGCAGAUGCAGAAGCACCUGUCAGUUUUGGAUUUUUACGCUAAGAGUGCCCUGGUGCUGCACGACGAAAAAAAUAAGUUGGGCCACCAUUUUGCCAAGAGGCUACACAAACACCAGAGGGAGGAAACCAGGGAAGUGGAGCCGUUGCUGAUGAAAGCAGCUCUUCAGCAUGGAUCGAGCAAACCCAGGAUGGCACGGCUCUUCUAUUUGGACCGGCUCUACUAUGACAAGAUCCAUGGCUUCACGAAGAACCAGUAUUGUGAUUCCAACUUUCAGUUGCAGAAGGAACAGCCAGAGCACUGGAUCAGUCAAAACCAGGAAAUCCAAGCCUAUGUGGACUGCCUGUGUGUGAAGCAACAGCCAUCCCUGUGGUGUGAUGCCCAUCAUGCUGAACCCUUGGCCCUGUUGCAGCCGAAGGUGGUGCAAGACAUGCAAGAGGCGAGUCGCAAGCUGAACUCGUUGCUGCAAACUGGUUCAGCUGUUGGGGUCCCUGUGGGUCUGGGACCUUGCCAAGAUGCUGAUGGAACACCGGCGGCAUUUGAUUGCUCUUUCUGUGUCAAUGGUGACAACUGCAUCAGCACCAGCGGCUCCUACAGCCUUGAUGUAUUUGGGAGUAUCAAGGAGCUUAUGGGCACUUCCGCGAGUUGUGUGAAGGGCUAUUGCACCCCCUGCAAGGGCAUCAAACCAGGAGAUCCAUUUCAAUUUAAGCUUGACAUUGGAGUGGAUGUUUCAAAAUGUGGCAGCACCGCAGAUUUCCUGGCCACCUACAACUAUUUCGCUGAGCUCAAGCUGUGCAUCGGGGGUAUAUUGGGUGAGGCCUCUAGCAAGAUGGGCUGGGCUCUUUGCCAAAGCCUUGGAAAAGUCACCUAUCACCCCUUCAUCAGCAAACUUCACUUUUCAAUGAGCCUUCCAAUCCCGCUCCCUCCGCCGAUUGGAGUCCGGGCAAGCCUUGCUGUCAAUUUGAACCUGGGAGACAUCUCACAAGCCUGUGACAAUCAUUGUUCCACCUUUGGUCCCUCUCAAAACUUCCGAUGCCUGGAGGAAUUCUACGCUGCCAGGGGAGUGACAGGGGUUGAUUUCAAAGUGGAAGUUCUGCUUGGUGUCAGCAUCCCCUUUGUUGGCACUAUUGGCAAAUGGUUCAAGGUGCUUGGAUUUGACUUCGCCGAAGACGACAACAGUCGCGAGAUUGCCAAGAACAAAGCUGGAGUCACUAUUGAGUACAUUGGCCCAUCACCAUGGCGUCAAAUCUGCGGCCGCGCCUUUUCUGGUGUGAAUUGUGAGCCUUAUGCAGGGGACCAAGACAAUCGCGCCAAUGAGGACUGCCGGAAUUGCGGAGAUGAUUUCAACAUUUGGCGUGCUGACCCCAACAAUCCUAGGUCCCUGUGCAUCAGGCGUGACGACUACAAUGGUGGCUGGGGUAUGAACCUGGAGAUUGCUUGUCCUGUGGACAACAACAAUUUGAAGGUCAUCGUCCCAAUCGGUUCCAGCUCAGUCAAUACCAAGUGUGCAAUGCCAGAUGAGCCGGUACAAUGUCGGGCAGAUGGAGGCAAUCAAGGCGUCCGUUUAGGCUUUGACACUUAUUCGGAUUCCUACUCCGUCUACCAGGAUGGGCACAGAUGGUGUGCCAGACGGACGGAUCAUGGUGGUGGUUGGGGGCUGAAUCUUCAGUUGGAAUGUGAUCCAACGGGUGGAUCCUUCGGUUUCCAAGUUCGUAACAUUCACAUGGGCAGCAGCGGUGCCAAUAUGAAGUGCCUGUUGGUUACCCACGAGAUGAGGUGUGACGCGCACACAGCUGAUUCAGCAUACCGCACCAACGAUGACUGCAGACAUUGUGGUGAUAGUUUCUAUGUCAGUGUCGACAAUCCAUGGGGCUAUGUCUGUGCACGGAGGACAGAUUACCAUGGAGGCUGGGGCUUGAACCUUUGGUUCAAUUGCAACAGCAUCCAAGACAAUGUCAGAAUCAAGAGAGAUGUGCAUAUCGGCAGCAGCGGUUCCAACACCCGCUGUGUUUGGGGUGGCUCUUCAAACAUCAUCUGUGCCUCCUAUGCGGGGAACUCCGGUUACCGCCGCAACAACGAUCCCUAUGGCGACAGUUUCGAGAUCACCACCAGCGGAGGAAAUGUUUGUGCCAGGCGGACAGAUUACCAUGGAGGCUGGGGCCUCGAUCUGCAGAUUUCAUGUAUUGAUGGCUGAAGCAUGCUGAAGCCCUGCUCCGAUCUGGAGAAAUUGAGGAAAAACAUGAAAACAUCUGGGUCACAUGCCGUUCCCGACCAAGCGAACCUUGGUGCUGCCAGAAGGGAUACUGUGGACAAACCGGGAACAUACAGCUGCUGUGAU